AACAAUAAAGUCCAAAAUCUAAUACAUUUUUUAUCUGUUUUAGGUAAUUUGAAUAGUGUAGAGAAAAAACGUGAUUUAAAUGAGAAGAUUUUACUAAACAAAAAUUGGAAAAAAAAAGUUUGACCACUAUUUUUUUUUAAAUUCAGUCUUGUAAAUCUGUUUUUUUUUACAAAUGGUUAAGGUUAGAUUAAUAAAAAAAAAUGUUUAACACAUAAAGUCUCAAAUUUUUCACAAAGGGGUAUUUUGCUACAUAAAUUUCCAAAAUAAGUAAUAUUUGGGGUUUUUUUCCCAUUAAAUGAACAGUUUAAGGGUGGACACCUUUUUAAAUGUUCAAUCAAUACAUGGUCAGCUCUGUCCACCUCCACCCAUCUGAUAACGGUGGGAGGAGCAGAAACGUAUUCUUUAAAAGCUGAAAGAACCGUCUGACCAUCCAGGACAAGUCGAUUAACUGAUCAAGCCAAAAUGGUCACCUGGACAGACUUUGAGCGUGCAACCAUCCAAGACAUCUUCUCCAAGAUAGAUUAUGAUGUUGUGGGGUCUGCUGCUCUUUCCAGGUGUCUGAUCGUCUACCCCUGGACUCAGAGGUACUUCGGCAGCUUUGGGAACCUCUACAAUGCUGCAGCCAUCAGCUCCAACCCCCGAGUUGCAGCUCAUGGACGGGUUGUCCUGGGGGGCUUGGAAAAAGCUCUGCAGAACAUGGAUGACAUCAAGCAGGCCUUUGCAGAUCUGAGCGUGCUGCACUCUGAGAAGCUGCAGGUGGAUCCUGACAAUUUCAAGCUCCUGGCCGACUGCCUGACCAUUGUCGUUGCCUCUCAGCUUGGUAAAAGCUUCACACCGGAGGUCCAUGCAGCUUUUGCAAAGUUCCUGGCUGUGGUGGUGGCAGCUCUCAGGAAGCAGUACCACUAGAGCACUGCCACAGAAGCUAAAAUCUGUCUCUGUUUCUGUCUUUGGCUAAAUAAAACAAUA